UUGGUCAGAUUUACGGGGGCGGGUAUUAUAAUUACUUCUCUCGUGUCUUCUUUUUGUUUCUAUUCAGUUUUGCUGUUUCAUUAACUUAUUUUUGACAUAACUUGCAACAACAACCGCUGUAGCAAGUCGCACUAAAACAACUCGGACCAUAAUAAUAUUGUGUUGAAUAACGCGGUGAAAGAUAUUUACCAGCUAGCUUUGUUAGCUUAGCAGGCUAACCUCACAUUGGGUAGUUAGCAAUAGCUUCCAAGGAGCCACAGCAGCAGCACGGAUAGUGAAACCAAGAGACGAGCAUGAAUGGCCCUCCCACAAAGCGUCUCCGAGGCCUAAACCAGGAUGUUGUGACACCAGUUACCUUUGAUGACCCGUUUGGAGAUGAUGAGGAGUUCACCCAAGAUGACUUAAAUGAACUAGACAUCAUCGCCUCCCAAGCCUUCACAUCAGCUGUAGCAGUGUCUAAACCAGUUUCCAAGCCAAGCAAUGAAGGGGUAAGGUCCACUUGGCCAUCCUCUCCAGGGCAAAACAAAUCUGAGAACAACCAGAGUAAAGAGAUCAAGUCUGCGAUAUACAGAGGAGAUGCUGGAAGACACAGCAGGGAAAAUCUUGGUAACCUGCAGCAGCAGUUUGGGUCAGGCAGAGAUGACUCCUACAGGCGUUUGGAGGCCCAGCAUGCAGAGCUGAAGAGGAAGUUAAAGGAGGUAGAGGAUGAGAUCCUACUGAAGAGUGGUGAGAUCCGUGUCCUAAGAGACUCUCUAAAAGAGGCCCAACAAGAGAAAGAAGCUGAAAGACAGAACCAGGUUAUAUUGGAGACUCAGAAGCAGAAGGAGCACAGUGACCGGGAGAAGGAGCUUAACAAGAAGGUUCAGUCUCUGCAGUCUGAGCUGCAGUUUAAAGAAGCAGAAAUCAAUGAGAUGAAAACCAAACUUCUCAGUUCAGACAAAAACAAGACGGCCUCUCCUCUGGCUAGGAAUGGUCCUAAAGUACUCAGCACUCUCCCCCAGAUGCAAGUGAUUGGCAGCUCCUCCUCCUCCUCUCCAAAAGGAAAUGGUUUCAUCACCAAGGAGGUGUUUGGAGCGCAGAUUUCAUCUCGAAUGACGCCAGUGAAAACCCGGAGAGAAUCAGCAGACAGAGGAGUAUCCAGCAGCAGAUCCAGUGAUGGACAUGAAAUAUCUCAUCCAGACCCCUUCCUGUCUGUCAGGCCUCCACAGAUGCAGCACCAAGGAGGCGUCCUGCUUGGUCUGCUGUUACAGCAGCCAUUACUUCCUAGCAGCCUCGGCCUCUCACACCUGCUGUCCAUGACUGUGGCUGAAUUCAGUCAGCUGUCGAGUGGCUCUCAGCUCCACUCUGAUCCCCUGGAUGGUGCCGGCGCCGUCGAAGUCCCCAGAGCUCCUCUGAGUUUGGUCCAAAGCUUGGCUGCAGCCAGACUUGGCACUCUGAGUCAGAGUCCAACAGCCACCACAUUCAGCAAUACAGAUAACAGGUCAUGCCCAGGAGCAGUCUUCCUUCUCCCUCUGUUAGAUCUACAUCUUUCUCAGCUCUGUUCCACUUUGGACUCUCUUCGCUGCUCCUCUGCUGGCAUCCGUGGGUCGGACUCCACGGCUGCCAUAUCGCUCCCAAAAUGCCAAAGUGUUUCUCAUGUGCUGGGGAGACCGGAUGAGGCUGGUGUCACAGGUUUCAGUGUAGAGGACACUGGUUUGGUAGCACUUAAGAUUCUUUACUUACUUUUGGCCCAAAGCAACGAGGUGGUGGAAGCAGUGUUGUUGAGGAGAACUACAGAAAAGAGCGAUUGCUCUGAUGGACAUGUGGGUCUUUCCUCCCAGAAUGCCUUGUUGCAGUCACUGCUCCGGCUGUGUGACGUCCGUUUCAGUGGUAACAGUGCCCAGAAGGAGAAACUCACCCUAAACGCUUUGAAGACUAUAUGUGUCCUCAUAAAAAGGACUCCGCCCGCUCAUUCUGACAGGCUGCAGUCUGUGCUGCAGGUGGUAUGUCUGUGUUUAUCACAAGACACCAGGGUGCAAAUGGUUUCAGAGUGUGUCUCUGUUCUCACAGCCAUGUCUGACCAUCCAUCACUGGCCAAACAGCUCUGCUCCCAGCAUGAUACCUGUAUUUUCCUUAAGUUGUUCCAUUUGAUCAGGACCAUCCCAGACACCAGAGCAACCUGUACAGACUUGAUUUUGCUGGACCUGCAGGUUGUGCGUUUGUUGAGCAGAGUGACUCAGAGGACAGAGAGCUGGACAAAAAGCGAGCAGAGUCCCUGCCAGUGUUAUACUGAGUUGGUUCAGGUAGUUGUAAUAAUUUUCCAUCGUCAGUGGUUGGAUCUUCGUGGUUCUCAAGAGCAACCAUCAGUGGCCUGCUCACCUGAUUGGAGUGAUACAGCAUCAGCUCUCCUCAGAGAAUGUCUGCUGCUUCUUCACUGGCUGCUGCUGCAUCAUAGGAGCUUCUCUGAAAGCUGCAGGCCAGUGUUGCACAUGUAUGACCAGAUGAUCCCUUCUGUGCGCGAAACGUUGAUCAAGAUUCCUGAGCUGAGUGACAGCGAAGAGUUGGCCUUGGAGGAGAUCUGCCGUUCUGAUGGCGACGACACUGAUGACAUGGAAACUGACACUGCUUCAUAACCUGCUGCUACUGCUGAGUCCCUUAGUGGCACCUCUGCAUGUACAGUAUGAAGGACAGCUUAAAGACUGGAUUAGCUGAUGAAGUCUAAGAUGAGGACAGAGCAGAUUUUCUGUUCAGCACAAGAAUAAUGGGUCAGAGCUGAGCUUUGAAUGAAGGAUUAGACUGGGGAGAAAUAAUCGUUCUGCUUUUUGAUUAAUUCAAUAAAAAAAUGAGGUGAAUGAACCCACAUUGUCUUUA